AUGUGUACGCAGAAGAGAUAUGCUGAAGAGAAAGAACGUCACUCGAUUCAUGAAGGCCGUCAUGGCGGUGGCUGUUUGUCUCGCAAGCUCGAUUGUGCAAGUAGAACCACUACUACCCGAAGCAGGAAUGCCAGAUCAAAACCUGAAAGUAGAUACGUAGAAUCUACAAGCUGGAGGAAUGUUCAAGUGUGUAACAAUUCUAGCAGUAAUUUUAAAGGAAGAUGUAUCCUCUCCGAGCAGUCAAUUCAAUGCCGUCACAUUAUCUGUCUGUUGUUUGCUUGUUUGGCCAUGACAGCCUCGGCUCAACACUCGACCAGCGGUUACGACGCGUCCUCGUCUCCACGACCAGACGCAGCUAAGUCACAGAACUGGCCUGUUCCUGAUGAUAGAAACGCCCACAUUCCAUUACUAGCUGAAAGACACAUUUCAGCUGAAAAACCUGCCACUCCAGGAGUAACGUCCCAACCUACAACAGACAGGUUAACAUCACAAGUUGUUGAUAAUCAACAGAAAAACAGCAAGUUUAAAGAAAGCCGACCCAAUGCUGCAUUAAAGUCAAUAGAAGUUGAUGGAGUAAAGAACAGCAUUUCCAAAGAAAGUCCAGCAAAUGCGGAAUCCAAGGCGGCAGUGAAUAAUAAAAAUAAUGUUGACGAAGAAAGUGUGUACUUUAUUUUACAUGUUUUUCACAGAUACAGCAAAAGUGACUUUUUGCUUAUGACAGAUUUUGAAUUAUUGCUAGCAAAAAUUGGUUUUAUCCCCGCCUUAAAUAGCUCAGAGAUUGUUGAUCGUUCACACAAUCAUAACAACGGACAUAAUGAUCACACGCAUGAUCAUGAUAACCAUGCCAAUCAUUCUCACAAUCAUGCCGAUCAUUCACAUGACCAUAACAGCGACCAUGUCGAUCAUUCGCAUAAUCAUGAGCAGCAGCAAACAGGGCAUGGAGAGGAACUUGCACAAAACCCUCGCCUCGACCAUUCCACCCAUUUCACCUCCCUGCUGAACGAGUCUGUGCCUUGCCUUUCAACCAAAGAACUUCUACAACUGUUCCAGUAUGAAAACCUAGACAGGCUAAACGCUGACCAUUUCUGGCACCUGUGUCCAGCUUUAAUUGACCAGCUUGAUGCCGGCUAUUGCAGGAAAGAACCUCCCGUGACAGGAAGCAAGGACCUGAGGACUGAUCAGUCACAUCCCAAGCAUGAACACACCCAUAAUGACCAUCAUCACAACACAGAUGCUGACCUACAUGAUCACGACCACGCAGGGACAAAUAAAACAGGCCUGCAGGGUCACCCAGAGGCACAGCCUGUGACUGCCGCAGUGUGGUUCUAUGCCUUGCUGUCUGUGGCUGUCAUCAGUCUCUGCAGUGUGGCCGGAGUCGUGGUGAUUCCCAACAUGAAACGAGUCUUCUACAACCACAUCUUACAGUUCCUGGUGGCCCUGGCUGUUGGGGCCAUGUCUGGUGAUGCCUUGCUGCAUCUUCUCCCUCAUGCAAUGUUGUCAGACUCGCACGACCAUCAUCAUCAUCUCCACCAUGGUGAGAAUGACACUGACCAUCCACACAAGCCCAACCAUCAGGAAGAAGCCAGCGGUAGGGUGUCCACUCACAUGGUGGGUGUCUACAAGGGUCUGGUGGCACUGCUGGGCAUCUACAGCUUCUUCUUCCUGGAGAGACUGUUCACCCUCUUCACCAGCAGCCGCAGCGGCAAGAGAGAGAGGAAGCACAAGCGAAGGAGGCACUGUAGUGGCGGGCAGGAGCAAAGGAGCAAGGCAUUUCAUAUGGUAAAUUCUAAGCUGGAGACUGAGGGCAAGAAUGCACCUUCCUGUGAAGAGAUGGUGAUGAUUGUUCAUCCAAAUAAAGCUUUGAGAGCAUAUGCAGAUGUCAGCCAUGAGGCUUACCUGCACCGCUGUGACGAAUCGCUAGUUCAUUCUCCGCCGGCUCAGAAUGUUGUGGCAGCUGCACCGGGCCGAGACCAGCUGGCUCUCAAAGAGGAUUGUUCAACCUUGGAGGGUUUCACCAACCUGGGAGUGGCUGGUUGGAGUGGGGACCAGAUUCCAGCUGCUGUGUCCGAUGCUGAAAUCGUUGGGAUCAUCAAAGACAGUGAACCUGUUGCCACCACCCACAGUCACUCGCACAGCCACCUGGCUCCAGACUUUGUGGGCCCCCUCAGCUCCGUGGCCAUGAUGAUCAUUGUUGGGGACGUGAUCCACAAUUUCUGCGAUGGCCUAGCAGUCGGGGCUGCCUACGCUGGGAGUGUGGCUGGAGGCCUGAGUACUUCCGUGGCUGUCUUCUGCCACGAGCUGCCACAUGAGAUUGGAGAUUUUGCUGUGCUAGUGCGGUCAGGUCUAACCCUGAGGAAAGCCGUCUAUUUCAAUCUGGUCUCGUCAGUGCCAUGUUUUAUUGGGGCCAUCAUUGGCGUGGCAGUGGGCAACGUCUCGUCCACAUCCUCUUGGAUAUUUGCUGGCGUCGGUGGCAUGUUUCUCUACGUCACAUUAGUGGAUCUGAUCCCAGAAAUGAGUUCCGUCUACACAAAGAGUGGGGAGCCCUGGUUCCUACAUCUGCUGCUACAGGCCAGUGGCAUCGCCGUGGGAACCACAGUCAUGCUCAUCAUGAGUGUAUCGGAGGAGUCCUUGAUGACAGCGUUUCAUUAA